AUGCAGGUGAAUCACAGGGAGGAAAGGCUUGUUUUUCACCUCGUUUCAUGCCUUUGCCCCCUACAGGAAGCCGAAUGUGCCUAUGUGCUCUUUGUGGUUGCCAUACUCUGGAUCACAGAAGCUUUGCCCCUGUCAAUAACGGCCCUGCUACCUGGCUUAAUGUUUCCUAUGUUUGGGAUCAUGCCUUCUACACAGGUGGCAUCUGCUUAUUUCAAAGACUUUCACCUGCUACUAAUUGGAGUCAUCUGUUUAGCAACAUCAAUAGAAAAAUGGAAUUUGCACAGGAGGAUUGCUCUGAGGAUGGUGAUGAUGGUGGGUGUGAAUCCAGCAUGGCUGACGUUGGGGUUCAUGAGCAGCACUGCCUUCUUAUCUAUGUGGCUUAGCAACACCUCUACUGCUGCCAUGGUGAUGCCCAUCGUGGAGGCUGUGGCGCAGCAGAUCAUCAGUGCUGAAGCAGAGGCCGAGGCCACUCAGAUGACUUAUUUCAAUGAAUCUGCCACCCAUGGACUGGAAAUUGAUGAAACUGUUAUUGAACAAGAAACAAAUGGGAGGACAGAGAAAACAAAGCCAGUCCCAGGAAACAGUAAUGGCUCAGGGAAAGUUUCAAGCAAGAUGGAGAUGGAAAAGAACUCAGUUACAGGAGCAAAAUAUCGCUCAAAAAAGGACCACAUGAUAUGUAAACUCAUGUGUUUGUGUAUUGCUUACUCUUCUACCAUUGGUGGACUGACAACAAUCACUGGGACCUCCACCAACUUGAUCUUCUCUGAGCAUUUCAAUACACGCUACCCUGAAUGCCGUUGCCUCAACUUCGGAUCCUGGUUUAUGUUUUCCUUCCCCAUUGCUGUUAUCCUUCUGCUCUUGUCCUGGAUCUGGCUCCAGUGGCUUUUCUUAGGAUUCAAUUUUAAGCAGAUGUUCAAAUGUGGCAAAACUAAAACAGUCAAUGAAAAAGCUUGUGCUGAAGUGAUCAAGCAAGAAUAUGAAAAACUUGGACCAAUGAGGUAUCAAGAAAUCGUGACCUUGGUAAUCUUCAUUGUAAUGGCCUUGCUCUGGUUCAGCCGAGAUCCCGGGUUUGUUACUGGUUGGUCUGCCCUGUUUUCAGAAUACCCUGGUUUUGUUACAGAUUCAACUGUUGCUUUAGUUGCGGGACUCCUUUUUUUUCUAAUCCCAGCUAAGAAAUUGACUAAAACUACAUCUGCAGGAGAUGUUGUUGCUUUUGAUUUCUCUCCACUGAUUACUUGGAAAGAGUUCCAGUCAUUCAUGCCUUGGGACAUAGCCAUUCUUGUUGGUGGAGGCUUUGCCCUGGCAGAUGGCUGUCAGGAAUCAGGACUGUCUGGCUGGAUAGGCAGUAAACUGUCCCCUUUAGGUUCAUUACCAGUUUGGCUAAUAAUCCUGAUAUCCUCUUUGAUGGUGACAUCUUUGACAGAGGUAGCCAGCAAUCCUGCUACCAUCACGAUCCUUUUCCCAAUAUUGUCUCCAUUGGCUGAAGCCAUUCACGUGAACCCUCUUCAUAUCCUGCUGCCUUCUACCCUGUGUACUUCCUUCGCAUUCCUUCUGCCCGUUGCAAAUCCACCCAAUGCUAUUGUUUUUUCAUAUGGACACCUGAAAGUCAUUGACAUGGUGAAAGCUGGACUUGGUGUAAAUAUUUUGGGUGUUGCUGUGGUGAUGCUUGGCAUGUUCACCUGGAUCGAACCCAUGUUUGACCUCUACACAUACCCUUCUUGGGCUCCUGAUUUGGUUAAUCAGACCAUCCCAUGACAAGUGCAAAAUUUCUAACACUUCCUGGUGACUUUUAGAAUCACUGAGAUUUCACUGUAAGAUGUGGCUAUAUAUGGCAGGCACUUUGAAAUUAGUGAUAUGGCCACUGACAAUCCAUUGAGCACCCCAGAUCUGCUGUCAUAGCACGGAGUCCAUGUCUUUUGAAAUGCAAUCAAAGAGCAUCUACAUGCCUCCAUCAAGAAAUCUAAGGUGGAUUUUGCUCUUGGACUAUCUGCAUUUUGCUUCUCCAUAAGAGCAGUAUGUAGUAAAUGGACUUCAAAGAAGUGAGGCCCUUCAUCUCAUCUUACCCCUGAGGUUCAGCGUGACAUUUCAGAAUCUUCCUAUGUAACCAAAAGUAUAAAAUAAAGUAUCUAAGUUAAUGA